AUGACAUAUCAAUAUUUUAAUAGAUUACAAAGUAUAAUAAAUGAAUAUUCAUCGACUACAUCAUUGGUUUUUGCUGUUAUUAAAUGUUUAUGUUCUUCAUAUUCUAUUGAAAUAAUAAAAAAAUUAGAAUAUAAUUUUUCCCAAAAUCUCAAUUAUGGUCAAAUACUUCUUCUUAGUACAUGUCCAUUAUAUCUCAAAUGGUAUCCAUCUUAUUAUGAUCCGGAACUUUUUCGUCAAAUACCACGAAUAUUAUUAAGUCCAUUUACUGAAUGGCUAAUAAGUUGUCAUUCAAAUUCAAUUAUUCAUUGUUCUAAGGAUGUUGAAAAUAUCCUACGUCGUUUGAAUAAUGCUCUUCUUCGUCUCAUCGAAUGGGAAAAUGUUAAUAUUUCAAAUCAAGAAUUUUAUAAUGACUAUUGUAAAUUAGUUUCUAAAUGGUCAUCAUUGUUAUCAGUGAUACUUAAGCAUUCAUCGGAUGAUUCGAAUACUAUAUCAAUAAAAAAAAUUAUUGCUCAUAAUUUGUACGAUUUUACAUUACAUACAAAUGUACUAGAUUUUAUGAAAACUAUACCAAAUUUAAUUCCAAUGCUACUUCAAAUGGCCGAUGUUCAAGAAGAUGCAACACAAUUGCAUACUUAUCGUUGCUUGGGUAAAUUGAUGAGUGAAAUAGAUAUUAAAAUUAUGGCAAAUCCGAGUAAGAUUACGAGUGUCUAUAUUAAAUAUCUUUUGAAUACAAUUGAUGAUCCAAAGACAAAAGAACGAUUUUAUAGUAUAUUACAAAGUUUGAAAAAUUUUGUUCAACAUGAUCAAGUCAAAAUUGAAUUAAUAAAACAAAAUGCACUUCCAUUACUUAUACGAUGUAUAAUUGAAAUUGAAUUUGAUCCGAUUAAAGUCAAACCAAUAGUUCUAGAAAUUCUUCUUGCACUUUCAUUUAAUAAUGAUGCUUUAUUGACUUUAAGACAAAAUAUAAAUUUGAUGUCAACAAUUCGAAAUCUUGUCAAUAGUACCAAUUCGAAUAAAUCAAAUUUACAACGAGCUGCUGAAGCUCUUCUUUGGAAAUUAGAAAAAGAAGCUGAAGCUGUUGGUAAAUUAACUAAUUCAAAAUCAUAUAAAUACGAUAUUAUGAUAAGUUAUUCACAUAGUGACCGACAAUUAUGUUAUCAAAUUCAUGAACGACUUGUUCAUGAUGGAUUUAGUGUUUGGAUCGAUCGUGAUAAUAUGUAUGGAACUACAAUGGUUGCUAUGGCAGAAGCUAUUGAAAAUUCUGAAUUUGUUCUCAUAUGUAUGUCGGAUACAUAUAAACAAAGUGUCUAUUGUCAAUCAGAAGCACAUUAUGCAUUUGAACGACGUUGUCAUUUGAUACCACUUAUUAUGAAACCUUGUUAUAAGCCUGAUGGAUGGCUCGGUAUUAUGUGA